AUGGCUGCAACUUCCAUCUCUGUCGACCUUCAGGCCGAGCUGAAUGCCUUGAUUCUGUCCCUAGAAGGGCUCGAGAGGGCACGGUACCUCGCCGUUGCAGCAAUAGCCUGCUUUCUGUACGAUGCUGCCGUCACAUUCGAUCAGGAGGUGGAAUACUUUUGGAAGGGAUCUUGGUCGCUUUCUCGAGUUUUAUUCUUCAUUAAUCGAUACUUUCCACUUCUCGCAUUGUUUAUGGGUCUAGUUGCUAUUAUCGUGCUCAGAAUUUGCUAUGUUUACUCGAAGGAUAUUGUCGCGCGGGCGAUCGUCAUCGGGACCCUGGCUGUAUGCACCAUCUGCACCUUGGUUCUAUUCGGAACCGUUUGGCACGACAUAGAUGCCCACCUACCCGUCCCGGGGAUCACAAUCGACAGUUGCACCGCACCUCCGUCGAGGGAGAUGUGGAAGAUCUUCGUGCCUAGUAUCAUUCUCCACACAUUGCUGUUCCUCGCGACGACACUUCCCGCUGUGAGGCUCCGGAGGCUCGGGCAGCAGUCGAUGCUAGUAGAUCGUCUAGUCAUGGACGGUGGUCUUUUCUACUUCGCGGUGUUCGCCGCCGCUAUGUUCCAGACGAUCGGGGCAUUGGCGAAAACUCCUUUGGUAACGACACCCGCCAUCUACUCCAACGUGUGGCUCUCUCUGUCGUCCAUUGCCGUAUCCAGGCUCAUGCUCCGAAUUCGCUCUCUCGCCGCUCAAUUAUCCCUCGAACCGGACUGGCUACUCAACAACACGGAGCUUAGUCGCGUUAAUUGGAAGCGCGGCCCUCGCAACGGCGAGAUCAUUGUGGAAAUUGACGCCAUUGAGGCUGAGGACAUGGAGAUGGACUCCGUCGGCCAUGACCCCCUGCAGCACACACGUUCGCACACGCCCGGCGUGAUACACGUGUCUCGUGUAGGAGUCCUAGACCAUCCAGUAUACCCAGGGACGAGAGAUUACAAGCAACCGCCCCGCAUAAAGAAGCCAAAGGUUGCGUGCAAUCCUGAACCGCCUGCGUAUGCAUGA